CUUCAAAUGCGCCAUCUUGCCCUGCCCAUGGCCCUUCCCGUGCUUCUCGGCCUCGUCCGCUGCUCCGGUUCCAGCUCCAGCAUCUAUACACAAGUCAGUAACACCACUCCCAGUCUUGCAAUCGAAAGAUACGAUACGCACCAGACUUCGCAGGACCCCCCUUCGAGCCCAGCCGCUUCUCGAACUCGAACGGCUCGCGCGGCGCCGGGGUCUGCGGGCCCUUGA